AUGACCACCACCAGCAACUCCCCUGCCUCCGCCCUGGAUUUCUACCCACGCAAGCGCUCUCGCGGCGGCUGCAUCGACUGCAAGAAGGCCAAGGUCAAAUGCGACGAGCUGCGGCCCACGUGUGGCACUUGUGUGCGCCGUGGCCAUGUCUGCCAGGGCUACCGACUGCCGGGCGCCCGCCGCAGCUCCAAGACAGCAGAGGCAUCCUCCCCCGCAGCGACAGCCAUAGCUGCCUCGCCAGUUCCAUCAACAGCGACAUCGCUUGUCGUGGCUUCGUCUGCCUUCUCCUCUCGUCGUCAUUCAGAACCCUCGCUGGUCCCAUGCACCAGUCUCUCGCCGAUCCCCCGCGGCACCGUCCCCGAGGCCGACGAGCCCACCAUCCAGCGCUAUUUCGACCGCCACCCCUUGGAGUUUGUCAUCGAGAGCGACUUUGUCGACGAGAUGAACGCCCAUACCCUGCUGGUCUUCCAGCAGGACCCGCAGGCCAUCGCCGACACCCUCUACGCCGUCGGUCAGCUCUACUUUGACCACGCUGACGGCCAUAGCCCGCUCGUCCCGGCGCUGAACCGCCGCGCUCGAACGCUUGCCCGUCUGCGCAAGAUGCAGACCGACAACGAGCUCGAGCAGAUGAUCGUCAUGAUUCUGGGUCUAUCCGCAAUGGAUCUCCUUGACCCUAGGGCCCAUCGCGACGAAAGCUCCAUCCCCCUACUGCUCUCCUACUGUGCUUCCAUUGUCUCCCAGCAUCUGCACGCCGGGAUUGCCCUUAGCUCGGUCGCGCGCUACUUCCUGCGUGCCCUUGCCCGGCAGGAUAUCGUCUGUUCCCUCGUCUCCAUGCGCCGGCCGCAGAUCCCCGUGGCCGUCUGGCUCGAUGAGGCCUGUCUACAGGCUGCCGAUAGGGUGAUGGGCUUCACCGUCACCCUUAUGCCUCUGCUCGAAGAACUGUGUGCGUUGGCAGAAGACAUUCGCGAACACCGCACCACCUUGCUCGAAGACGCCUUGCUCGAAGACACUUUGCUCGAAGACACCUUGCUUGAAGACACCUCGCUCGAAGACACCAUGUUCGAGGACACUACCAUAGCCACUGCUACCGACACCACCAUCGCCACUGCUACUCACAUCAACACCACCUCCAUCGAUCUAGAAACUCCUCUCGUCGCCUCGACAGGUCUCACCAUCGCCGCCACGGCCGCCGAUCUAGCGCUGCGCAUCCGCGCCUGGCAGCCCGUCGCCACAUACGAGGUCUCGGUCCGAGUCUCGCGCCGCUGCCUACUACAAGCGUACGCCUCCCGCGCCGCUGCACUACUAUACCUGCACCGGCUGCUCCAUCCCGCAGGCAGCUCCGCCGAGGCCGACCGCAUCGCCCUCGGCAUGGCCUGCGAGGUUCUCGCCCACCUGAGCGCCCCCGCCGACGAGCUCCGUCUCUCGCUGUGGCCCGCCUUCGUGGCUGCCUGCGAGCUCGUCGCCGCCGACGACCGCGCUACCGUCCUCGACAUCUUCGACGGCAUCUACCGUGUACGCUUCACAGCUACCGCCCUGCGCACCCGUGCCUUUUGCGUCGACCGUGUCUGGCAUGCCCGCGAUACGGGUCAGCCCUGGAACUGGAUGGAUCUCGUCCAGCAGUAUCCGGGAGAAUGCUUGCCUAUCUGA